CAAAGCGAGUGGCAGCGUUAAACGUUUAAUAAUUGGUGCGCAUUCCGUUGGAAGUCAUUACGUCCUACAAUGUCUUCAAUUCUACGCUUCGCUGUCAUUGUGAUAGUUGCCUUGGCACUUCUGACAGCACACACCGCAACAGCCAACAACUCCCGUCCACCACGCAACAACGACAUCAGCAACAUGGCCGACGCACUCAAAUAUUUGCAAGACCUGGACACAUACUAUGGGGAUCGAGCACGAGCCAGGUUCGGUAAGCGUGCGCCGUUAUUAUGGUUUUUGCGCCAACAUUUACUCGAAAAUCCUGACGUGGUUCGUGCCAUUGAAAAUCCUGCCGCUGACGAACCUUUUUAAGGCCAACACUAACGCAGAAAGUCACUUAUUUAAACGGCAUUGAGAAUAUGGAUUCUGAGUACCCAAAGGAUUCAGUAGGGAUUAUGUUAAAAAUACUGCAUCAGAAAUUAGACUUAAAACUAUUUAAAAUGUAAUAAGUGACCCAUAAUGGAGACUAGUUUCCGUCAACUUAAUGAAUAUUUGUACAGUAUUAAUAAAAUUGCCAGUUUCCAAGUAUUGCAUGCUUAACUAUUUUCGUUCAUAUAAAUAUAGAUUUAACUGUAUAUGUAAAUAUCUAUACUCUUAUAUGUAAAAAAAGCUCUUGGAUGAUAAAGCUUAUAACCAAUGUUAAAAUAUUAUUAAAUGUCACAAGAAAAUAAAGGCAAAUUGUGUAAAACCACAGCAAAAUGAGCAAAAUGCGCUCAAAAU